ACUCCGGGACUCAGGGACGGGGAGGAGGAGGGAGGGAGGCAGAGGCUGCAAGCGCCGGGGCAGGCCCAGGAGGCAGAGGAGGGACCGUCUCCCCCCCCCCCCCCCCCCCCCCCCCCCCCCCCUGCUGCUUCCCCCCCUCCCUACCCGGACUCCGGGGGCACCGCCGGGGGACAGACACCCAGCAGGUUCCCCCCAGGGCAACAUGCCGGCCCCGUAGCACUGCCCACCCCACCCACUGUGGUCUGUUGUACCCCACUGCUGGGGUGCUGGUUCCAAUGAGACAGGGCACAGCAAACUCCAUCUGGCUGUUACUGAGGCGGAGACACGGGUGAUGAUUGGCUUUCUGGGGAGAAAGGAAGUCCUGUGAUUGGCCAGAUCUCUGGAGCUUGCCGACGCGGUGUGAGGACGCUCCCACGGAGGCCGGAAUUGGCUGUGAAAGGACCCAGGAAGCCAUCUGGGGGUAGCGGGCACUCUUAACAAAGCGGCUGGAGCCGGACCAUCGUCCCAGAGAGCUGGGGCAGGGGGCCGUGCCCAAUCUCCAGGGCUCCUGGGGCCACUGCUGACCUGGCUGGAUGCAUCGGGCAGUGGACCCUCCAGGGGCCCGCGCUGCACGGGAAGCCUUUGCCCUUGGGGGCCUGAGCUGUGCUGGGGCCUGGAGCUCCUGCCCGCCUCAUCCCCCUCCUCGUAGCGCAUGGCUGCCUGGAGGCAGAUGCUCAGCUAGCAUUGGGCAGCCCCCGCUUCCUGCUCCCCUACCCCCUUCACAUGGCAGUAGUUCUGGGCACCCCAACAAACCAUAUUAUGCUCCAGGGGCGCCCACUCCAAGACCCCUCCAUGGGAAGCUGGAAUCCCUGCAUGGCUGUGUGCAGGCACUGCUCCGGGAGCCAGCCCAACCAGGGCUUUGGGAACAGCUUGGGCAACUGUACGAGUCAGAGCAUGACAGUGAGGAGGCCACACGCUGCUACCACAGCGCCCUUCGAUACGGAGGAAGUUUCGCUGAGCUGGGACCCCGCAUUGGUCGACUGCAGCAGGCCCAGCUCUGGAACUUUCAUACUGGCUCCUGCCAGCACCGAGCCAAGGUUCUGCCCCCACUGGAGCAAGUGUGGAACUUGCUACACCUUGAGCACAAGCGGAACUAUGGAGCCAAGCGGGGAGGUCCCCCGGUGAAGCGAGCUGCCGAACCUCCAGUGGUGCAGCCUGUGCCUCCUGCAGCACUCUCAGGCCCCUCAGGGGAGGAGGGCCUCAGCCCUGGAGGCAAGCGAAGGAGAGGCUGCAACUCUGAACAGACUGGCCUUCCCCCAGGACUGCCACUGCCUCCACCACCAUUACCACCACCACCGCCACCACCACCCCUGCCUGGUCUGGCCACCAGUCCCCCAUUUCAGCUAACCAAGCCAGGGCUGUGGAGUACCCUGCAUGGAGAUGCCUGGGGCCCAGAGCGCAAGGGUUCAGCACCCCCAGAGCGUCAGGAGCAGCGGCACUCGCUGCCUCACCCAUAUCCAUACCCAGCUCCAGCGUACACCACGCACCCCCCUGGCCACCGGCUGGUCCCGGCUGCUCCCCCAGGCCCGGGCCCCCGCCCCCCAGGAGCAGAGAGCCAUGGCUGCCUGCCUGCCACCCGUCCCCCUGGAAGUGACCUUAGAGAGAGCAGAGUUCAGAGGUCGCGGAUGGACUCCAGCGUUUCACCAGCAGCAACCACCGCCUGCGUGCCUUACGCCCCUUCCCGGCCCCCUGGCCUCCCCGGCACCACCACCACCAGCAGCAGUAGCAGCAGCAGCAACACCGGUCUCCGGGGCGUGGAGCCAAACCCAGGCAUUCCCGGCGCUGACCAUUACCAAACUCCCUCGCUGGAGGUCUCUCACCAGGGCCGCCUGGGGCCCUCGGCGCACAGCAGUCGGAAACCGUUUUUGGGGGCUCCCGCUGCCACUCCCCACCUAUCCCUGCCACCUGGACCUUCCUCACCCCCUCCACCUCCUUGUCCCCGCCUCUUACGCCCCCCACCACCCCCUGCCUGGUUGAAGGGUCCGGCCUGCCGGGCAGCCCGAGAGGAUGGAGAGAUCUUAGAGGAGCUCUUCUUUGGGACUGAGGGACCCCCCCGCCCUGCCCCACCACCCCUCCCCCAUCGCGAGGGCUUCUUGGGGCCUCCAGCCUCCCGCUUUUCUAUGGGCACUCAGGAUUCUCACACCCCUCCCACUCCCCCAGCCCCAACCACCAGCAGUAGCAACAGCAACAAUGGCAGCCACAGCAGCAGCCCUGCUGGGCCUGUGUCCUUUCCCCCACCACCCUAUCUGGCCAGAAGUAUAGACUCCCUUCCCCGACCUCCCAGCCCAGCACAGAACCCCCAGGACCCACCUCUUGUACCCCUGACUCUUGCCCUGCCUCCAGCCCCUCCUUCCUCCUGCCACCAAAAUACCUCAGGAAGCUUCAGGCGCCCGGAGAGCCCCCGGCCCAGGGUCUCCUUCCCAAAGACCCCCGAGGUGGGGCUGGGGCCACCCCCAGGCCCCCUGAGUAAAGCCCCCCAGCCUGUGCCGCCCGGGGUUGGGGAGCUGCCUGCCCGAGGCCCGCGACUCUUUGAUUUUCCCCCUACUCCGCUGGAGGACCAGUUUGAGGAGCCAGCCGAAUUCAAGAUCCUACCUGAUGGGCUGGCCAACAUCAUGAAGAUGCUGGAUGAAUCCAUUCGCAAGGAAGAGGAACAGCAACAACACGAAGCAGGCGUGGCUCCCCCACCCCCGCUGAAGGAGCCCUUUGCAUCUCUGCAGCCUCCUUUCCCCACCGACACAGCCCCCACCACUGCUGCUCCUGCUGCCGCCGUCACCACCACCACCACCACCACCACCACCACCACGGCCACCCAGGAAGAGGAGAAGAAGCCACCACCAGCCCUACCACCACCACCGCCUCUAGCCAAGUUCCCUCCACCCCCUCAGCCACAGCCACCACCACCACCACCCGCCAACCCGGCCAGCCUGCUCAAAUCCUUGGCCUCCGUGCUGGAGGGACAAAAGUACUGUUAUCGGGGGACUGGAGCAGCUGUUUCCACCCGACCUGGGCCCUUGCCCACCACUCAGUAUUCCCCUGGCCCCCCAUCAGGUGCUACCGCCCCGCCGCCCACCUCAGUGGCCCCUAGCGCCCAGGGCUCCCCACAGCCCUCUGCUUCCUCGUCAUCUCAGUUCUCUACCUCAGGCGGGCCCUGGGCCCGGGAGCGCAGGGCGGGCGAAGAGCCAGUCCCGGGCCCCACGACCCCCACCCAGCCGCCCCCACCCCUGCCUCUGCCCCCUGCUCGCUCUGAGUCUGAGGUGCUAGAAGAGAUCAGCCGGGCUUGCGAGACCCUUGUGGAGCGGGUGGGCCGGAGUGCCCCUGACCCAGCCGACCCAGCGGACACAGCAGAGCCAGCGGACAGUGGGACUGAACGACUGCUGCGCCCCGCACAGGCCAAGGAGGAGGGUGGCGGGGUGGUGGCAGCGGCGGUGACAGGCAGCUGUAAGCGGCGACAGAAGGAGCACCAGAAGGAGCACCGGCGGCACAGGCGGGCCUGUAAAGACAGUGUGGGUCGGCGGCCCCGUGAGGGCAGGGCAAAGGCCAAGACCAAGGCCCCCAAAGAAAAGAGCCGCCGGGUGCUGGGGAACCUGGACCUGCAGAGUGAGGAGAUCCAGGGGCGCGAGAAGUCCCGGCCCGAUCUUGGUGGGGCCUCCAAGGUCAAGCCACCCACAGCUCCAGCCCCUCCACCAGCUCCUGCACCUUCUGCCCAGCCCACACCCCCAUCAGCCUCCGUCCCUGGAAAGAAGGCUCGGGAGGAAGCUCCAGGGCCACCGGGCGUCAGCCGGGCUGACAUGCUGAAGCUGCGCUCACUUAGUGAGGGGCCCCCCAAGGAGCUGAAGAUCCGGCUCAUCAAGGUAGAGAGUGGUGACAAGGAGACUUUUAUUGCCUCUGAGGUUGAAGAGCGGCGGCUGCGCAUGGCAGACCUCACCAUCAGCCAUUGUGCUGCUGAUGUUGUGCGCGCCAGCAAGAAUGCCAAGGUGAAAGGGAAGUUUCGAGAGUCCUACCUUUCCCCUGCCCAGUCUGUGAAACCGAAGAUCAACACUGAGGAGAAGCUGCCCCGGGAAAAACUCAACCCCCCUACACCCAGCAUCUAUCUGGAGAGCAAACGGGAUGCCUUCUCACCUGUCCUGCUGCAGUUCUGUACAGACCCUCGAAAUCCCAUCACAGUGAUCCGGGGCCUGGCGGGCUCCCUGCGGCUCAACUUGGGCCUCUUCUCCACCAAGACCCUGGUGGAAGCAAGUGGCGAGCACACCGUGGAAGUUCGCACCCAGGUGCAGCAGCCCUCAGAUGAGAACUGGGAUCUGACAGGCACUCGGCAGAUCUGGCCCUGUGAGAGCUCCCGUUCCCACACCACCAUUGCCAAGUACGCACAGUACCAGGCCUCAUCCUUCCAGGAGUCUCUGCAGGAGGAGAAGGAGAGUGAGGAUGAGGAGUCAGAGGAGCCGGACAGCACCACAGGAACCCCUCCUAGCAGCAGCACACCAGACCCGAAGAACCAUCACAUCAUCAAGUUUGGCACCAACAUCGACCUGUCUGAUGCCAAGCGGUGGAAGCCCCAGCUGCAGGAGCUGCUGAAGCUGCCCGCCUUCAUGCGGGUAACAUCCACGGGCAACAUGCUGAGCCACGUAGGCCACACCAUCCUGGGCAUGAACACGGUGCAGCUGUACAUGAAGGUGCCCGGCAGCCGAACGCCAGGCCACCAGGAGAAUAACAACUUCUGCUCCGUCAACAUCAACAUUGGUCCAGGCGACUGCGAGUGGUUCGCGGUGCACGAGCACUACUGGGAGACCAUCAGCGCCUUCUGUGAUCGGCACGGCGUGGAUUACUUGACGGGUUCCUGGUGGCCAAUCCUGGAUGAUCUCUAUGCAUCCAAUAUCCCUGUGUACCGCUUCGUGCAGCGCCCCGGAGACCUCGUGUGGAUUAAUGCGGGGACUGUGCACUGGGUGCAGGCCACCGGCUGGUGCAACAACAUUGCCUGGAACGUGGGGCCCCUCACCGCCUAUCAGUACCAGCUGGCCCUGGAACGAUACGAGUGGAAUGAGGUGAAGAAUGUCAAAUCCAUCGUGCCCAUGAUUCACGUGUCAUGGAACGUGGCUCGCACGGUCAAAAUCAGCGACCCCGAUUUGUUCAAGAUGAUCAAGUUCUGUCUGCUGCAGUCCAUGAAGCACUGCCAGGUACAACGCGAGAGCCUGGUGCGGGCAGGGAAGAAAAUCGCUUACCAGGGCCGGGUCAAGGACGAGCCAGCCUACUAUUGCAACGAGUGCGAUGUGGAGGUGUUUAACAUCCUGUUCGUGACAAGUGAGAAUGGCAGCCGCAACACGUACCUGGUACACUGCGAGGGCUGUGCCCGGCGCCGCAGCGCAGGCCUGCAGGGCGUGGUGGUGCUGGAGCAGUACCGCACGGAGGAGCUGGCUCAGGCCUACGACGCCUUCACGCUGGUGAGGGCCCGGCGGGCGCGCGGGCAGCGGAGGAGGGCACUGGGGCAGGCUGCAGGGACGGGCUUCGGGAGCCCAGCCGCGCCUUUCCCUGAGCCUCCGCCGGCUUUCUCCCCCCAGGCCCCAGCCAGCACGUCGCGAUGAGGCCGGACGCCCCGCCCGCCUGCCUGCCUGCGCAGGGCGCCGCGGGGCCACCAGCACAUGCCUGGGCUGGACCUAGGUCCCGCCUGUGGCCGGGAAGGGGGUCGGGCCCAGCCCUUCCACCCCAUUGGCAGCUCCCCUCACUUAAUUUAUUAAGAAAAACAUUUUUUUUUUUUUUUAGCAAAUAUGAGGAAAAAAGGAAAAAAAAUGGGAGACGGGGGAGGGGGCUGGCAGCCCCUCGCCCACCAGCGCCUCCCCUCACCGACUUUGGCCUUUUUAGCAACAGACACAAGGACCAGGCUCCGGCGGCGGCGGGGGUCACAUACGGGUUCCCUCACCCUGCCAGCCGCCCGCCCGCCCGGCGCAGAUGCACGCGGCUCGUGUAUGUACAUAGACAUUACGGCAGCCGAGGUUUUUAAUGAGAUUCUUUCUAUGGGCUUUACCCCUCCCCCGGAACCUCCUUUUUUACUUCCAAUGCUAGCUGUGAUCCCUGUACAUGUCUCUUUAUUCACUUGGUUAUGAUUUGUAUUUUUUGUUCUUUUUUUGUUUUUGGUUUUUAAUUUAUAACAGUCCCACUCACCUCUAUUUAUUCAUUUUUGGGAAAACCCGACCUCCCACACCCCCAAGCCAUUCUGCCCGCCCCUCCAGGGACCGCCCGUCGCCGGGCUCUCCCCGCGCCCCAGUGUGUGUCCGGGCCCGGCCCGACCGUCUCCGCCCGUCCGCCCGCGGCUCCAGCCGGGUUCUCAUGGUGCUCAAACCCGCUCCCCUCCCCUACGUCCUGCACUUUCUCGGACCAGUCCCCCGACUCCCGACCCGACCCCAACCCCACCUGAGGGUGAGCAACUCCUGUACUGUAGGGGAAGAAGUGGGAACUGAAAUGGUAUUUUGUAAAAAAAAAAUAAAUAAAUAAAUAAAAUAAAAAAAUUUAAAGGUUUUAAAGAAAGAACUAUGAGGAAAAGGAACCCCGUCCUUCCCAGCCCCGGCCAACUUUAAAAACACAGACCUUCACCCCCACCCCCUUUUCUUUUUAAGUGUGAAACAACCCAGGGCCAGGGCCUCACUGGGGCCGGGACACCCCGGGGUGAGUUUCUCUGGGGCUUUAUUUUCGUUUUGUUGGUUUUUUUCUCCACGCUGGGGCUGCGGAGGGGUGGGGGGUUUACAGUCCCGCACCCUCGCACUGCACUGUCUCUCUGCCCCAGGGGCAGAGGGGUCUUCCCAAUCCUACCCCUAUUUUCGGUGAUUUUUGUGUGAGAAUAUUAAUAUUAAAAAUAAAAGGAGAAAAAAAAA